GUUUAUUCCCGGUAUUGGUAAAGUGAGAUUAUUUAUUUACGUUUUUAGAAAUUAAAUAACGGUUUUGUUUUCCUUUGUGUGCUGGAAUUUUAUCAAUUUGUGUAAAACACUUGAGGCCUAGGAACGCAAUCGAAGCCUCGCAGCAAGUUCGAGAACUUUCCGCCGCGACGCCACCAAAACUGUCAAUAUCCCGUUUUCGGCGAGUCUCCUCAUGGCGGUCAUUGCAUCUUUUGUCAUUCAAAAGGAAUAAUCAGCAAGGUGCACUUGGCCAUUUACAGGUGAGAAGAUGAUCCUCCCCUGCCUGGAGUGAGUUCAGCAUCACAAAUUGGACCAGAACCUGAUUAGGAUUAUUUACCAAAGUACUGAAAACUCAGAACUCAAGGGCUCAACGCAACUUAAAAUUGCAUGAUCCAAUUUGCCAGUUUUUCUGGCAAAACCAUUCAACAAUUGUUUAUUGAGAGCCUUGGCUGAUUAGCGCAGAAAUAAUCUGGAAGCAUGUCGGAGAACGACACUGAUAAUUUAGUCAACAGCGGCAAAUAUGAGCCUGGCAAGAGCAAACGGAAUGUUUGCCGAGACUUUCUGCGCAAUGUCUGCACCCGUGGUAAGAAUUGCAGGUACUUCCACCCCGACAAUAUUGAGGCCUCCGACCUCGCCGACAUAAGGAAUGACUCUGAUAAUAUAGUCAACAUUGCUAACGAUGAAGCUGGUAAAAACAAACAGAACAUUUGCCGAGACUUUCUGCGCAAUAUCUGCAGCCGUGGUAAGAAUUGCAGGUACUUCCAUCCAGAUGACAUUGAGGCUUCAGACCUUGCUGACAUAAGGAAUGACAUUGAUAAUUUAGUCAACGUUGGCAAUGAUGAGGCUGGCAAAAACAAACUGAACAUUUGCCGAGACUUUCUGCGCAAUCUCUGCAAUCGUGGUAAGAAUUGCAGAUAUUUUCACCCAGAUGAUAUUGAGGUAUCCAACCAUGCUGACCUAAGUGAUGAUGCUGAUAACUUAGUCAAUAAUAGCAAAUAUGAUGCUAGCAAGAACAAACGGAAUGUUUGUCGUGAUUUUCUGCGCAAUGUCUGCAGUCGUGGUAAGAAUUGCAGGUACUUUCACCCAGACAAUGUUGAAGCCUAUGAUGUAGGUGAUGUGCGGCAUGAGUCUAUAUUUUGUCAGUACUUUCAGAAUAGUAAAUGUACCCGUGAAAACUGCACGUUCAUUCACGGGACAAAGGCUGAAGAAAGUUAUUACAAUAAAACAGGAAAGCUUCCUGCCCACUUGCAAAAGACAGUGGCUGUGACAUUUGGGCUUUCGCCCUCCAAUUUGCCCCUUAUUACAAAGGAAGUCCCAUUCUGCCGUGACUUUCUCAAAGGCAAAUGUCGAAGAGGAUCCAAGUGUAAAUUUCAGCACUUGAAACGUGAUGACAAUGAUAAGAAAAGCACAGAAAAAGUGUCGCAAAAUAGAGAGGCUUCUCCUGAGAUCUGCAGAUAUGACCGUUUGGAUGACCUUUAUGAGACUGAGAAAUGUGCUUAUGACCAAAAUCCAAAAAGGAAAAGAAUGGAGGGCUUGCGAUUUGAAGUAUUUGAUUACAGUACACCCAGUCUGCGGCCAGUUGAAAGGAGUUUCCUGGAGGAGGAAAACCAUAUGCUUAGAAAGCGCAAUGAAGAGCUCAAGAAGCAGGUAUCAAGCCUAAUGAUUACAAAUGAGGUACUUCUGAAACAAAAUGCUGAUCUCCGCAAACAAGUGAAGCUGGGGAUCCUGACCACAGGAACUGACCCAACACAGCCACCAGCUAUGCACACUGUUACCAAUUAUAAUCAUAGCAUAGUGGAGACUCAUACCACCCUCAGCAACCAAUCCUUGAGAUCACAGCCGAUUUCUCAUCAAGAAUUGAUAGCGCAAGCGAGAGCUCAUAAUGCUUUGUGUUCUGAAGCUACCUCCCAAAGUCCACCCCACCUUAGUGCUGCUCUCUCUACACCUUAUGCCCAAGGGAUGGCUUCACCAGUUUCAGUGGCACCAAUUGCCAUUUCAGUUGCACCAGUGGCAGUAACGCAAUCACUUCCAGGAAUUGCCAUGAGUUAUACCACCACUCAAAUGGUCAGUUAUCCAAAUGCAUCACAGAGUAUGAGGUUCCUCUGUCGUGCAGAGGAGAGUUGAGAUUAGAGGACAUUUCAUUCGAAGCUUUACAAGAGUUUUCUCUUUCUCAUUGCUUCCUAGGGCAAUUGUGAAAAAAAUGAGUCAAGUAUGAAUCUUAAAGAGGGAGUCUCACCAUCACGAACCCUUUUACAAAAGCAAAAAAAAAAGAAAUAAUGAUAAUUCUUUUUUGUUUCCUGUCUCAAGUAGCAAUUGCUGUUGAACUCACCAGGAGAAGUCUGCGCAGAAUUGUACCUCAGUAAUAGUAGCAAAUGGAAGAUAUAUCAAUUUGCCACUAAAUAUGUCGCAAAUAUUUUUUUGGGGGGGAGGACAAAGGGUUAAAUAGGACUUGUGUUUUUGAAUUCCUUUAACAUUUGGUGUCAGCAGAAACCUUGAUUUUUUUUUUGAUUUGCUCACAUUGUAAGCUCUGGUGCUAAUGAAAGCAAAGUCUUUGACAGCGCAUUGCAAUUCCCACACCAACUCGAGCUCUCCAACUGCUGCAGCAGUGGGAAUAGGUUUUGUUUGCAAGUAUGGCUGCUUUGCUUGCUCAUAUAAAAUUGGUUUCAAUUAACAUCAAAAAACGCUUCCUAAAAGCACAUCUGUAUGCGCUUAAAGAGCAUUGUGCCUUUUCAGUCAUUGAUGUUUUUUUUAAUCUUUUUUUUUAAACCCAGGAAUUUUUUUUAACAAAAGUAUGAGUAAAUUACCCUCUUUCUCUUCACCCCACCUAUCUGAAGAAGCAUCCUCUGCUGCUUUGAUUGUGAUCAGAGCAGAAAUAGGAGUGUGCAGAAAAUGACACCAUAGCUCCUGUUUCUCCUUGUUGGUGAAACUCUUGUAGCACAAGUGAGAUAAGUUAGUCAGUUUCACCUACUAAUGGAGGACAAUGCAAAUCUAUAACAUAAUGGCUGUUUUCCUUUAGAGUAAUGAGUUUGGCAACUCAUUAGGCUUAACUCAUAGAGCUAACUUAGGGUGAGGUUAUUUGGAAGUAAGGUCACAGAAUCACCUUGGGUUAAUGAUGGCAGUUACUGAUCAUUAAGUUCUUUCAAACUGUCUCGCUCCAAAAAUACUCAGAUUUGAGUACUCUAAAAGUUCAAAUUGUAUUAUGUAAUAAAAAAAUUAGGAUUUUUUUUUCAGAAGGGGUGUUGAUGGCAAGACUUCCUCUACUUGUAUUAAAUAUAAAAAUCUGCUGCAAGAAUAGUAAUGAGUCUGUGGGUUCUGACAAAACAAACAAUUAAAUGGGAUAAUGAGCACACUUCCUCAUCCCUUAACAUUGUUAAGUUAUCACAUUUUUUGGUUGAUUACAGUGUAUUUUUAAACAUUUUUAAGCAGUGAUCCUGUGCCACAAAUUUUCCUUUUUAUUCAGAAAUUACAUUUGGGAUCAUUCUUAGAAAUUAAUUAGCAAUAUCCCUAAUUUUUGCUAAGCAUAAGCAUUCUAGUAUGUGAAAAAAUAUUUUUUGUGUCCAUCCCACUUUUAAACAAAUGUGUAUGGAAAAACAUUGAGAGUCAUUUUAUUUAGUUCAAAGUAUUUUAAUAAUUAAGCAUGCACUCUGCCUCUUUUCAAGUCAUCAAUUAACAUGUUUUCUUUUGUAUUUUUCACAAACAGAUUUUUCUGAUCAAAGCAUUUGUUCAUGUUCUACUAUAUUUUUCUUUCAAAACUGUAGAAGUCCUCUGAAAGUGGACUACAAAAAGUGUUUUAGAAAUAAAAAUUAAUAUACUUUCACCAUUAACAGUUGCUGUAACCACCAAGGAUAUUAAAGUGAAGCUAAAACAUACAGAUAAUUGUGAUGCAAGCUUGUGAAGCGGAGUUAAAAAUAUAUAAUACAUAUAGAUUUGAUUUCGUGCCUAGAUAUGGAAAUUGGGUGUUGGUCUGUAAAUAAGCAUGUCAAGUAUUGCAGCAGAAGAUGUAAAGGAAAAAUUGCUGGUUUCAUAUAUAUGCUGUUGCAUUAUUUGAAAGUUGAUGCACAGCUCUUGUAUAAUACCAUGUCAUUUUCACACCUGACCUGGGCACUCACCAGUCAGAUGCCCCAUUGUGCAAUUAGUUCAUUUUCGAUCAGAGGAUUUUGGGGGUGUCUGAUGCUUUAAGUUGCAAAACCAAUUGAACAAGAUAAAAACACAUGCAAAAUGCUACUGUAUACAUAAUAUAUAUUUAAAUGUGUAUGUAAGUGAUUUGACUAAAAUACACUUUAGUCAUGAACAGUAUAAAUGUGCAUUGAAGUGUAUUAUCUGAGUAUCCCUGCUGAAAAUGCUUGUGGCUGUCAAGCAUAGAAUCUGGCUCAGCAUAAUAUGCUACAUGGGCUCAUUAGAUAGCACCUUGUGUCUGAACCUUUUGAGUGACAAAGAUGACAGUAAAAAAUUGGUAAAAGCAAAAGAGGAGGGGGAAGUUUUGCAAUUAUACAUAGAUUAAAAAAGUGAAAUGCAGCAAGAAAGACUUGACACAGAUAGAGUCCCAUUGCUUGUCAUUUAAGUGUUUCUGAAUGUAAUUUGCAUGAGUGGUACAUAAUUGUACCGAUUUCAUUUUCCUUUACUUAAAACAAAAUGCACCAUUGGAUGCAUAAAUGUCCUGCACUCUUGGGGCAUCAUGAGUGAGCUGUAAAGAGGAGGUAAAGUUAGUGACAUUUGGAAGAUAAACCUAUGCCUGCAUAUUAGUGUCAUAAUGAUAAUUCUGCAAAUUUUUAUGUUAAAUUUUUAAUCUAUCGUUUGACUGGAAGUCAAUAGAUUUCUAACCUACUGCAAUGAACAUGGGAGUUUCUUUUUGAGUCAUUGUGAACAGUUUGAAAAUGCACUUAAUGGAGAAGGAUUUAUAAGGCCAACACCAACAGUGAGAAAUUUGGCACAAGUCUUUUGUAAGCCUUGGUCCUAAAAUACAGCUAACACUUUACUCUUUUAAGAAUCCCUGAGAUUGUACAACAUAUUAUCCAACUUCUAAGAUUUGUUCAUUGCAGCCAAAAAAAAAUCGAAAAUGUACAAUUUGUGAUAUGUUUUAAAGGCCCAGAAAACUUAUUUUGUCUAUUUUUUAACUAAUGAGUUGUUACUGUAGAUACCAAAUGUCAAUGCUGUCUGAUGUUUGAGAAGUUGCGAUUUAUUGGGAAUCUGUAAAUGUUUACUGUUGGUUACCCUCUAGUUAGUACAAUUGGUUAAACACUAUGUGUAAAUACUUCAAAAUAUAUUAAAAUGAAUGUUCUGUAGUGUUGUUGCUUAUAUUGUUGGGAUUAAAACUGAUUCAGGACCAGAACUGGUGAGUUCAUGUUCUUUUUGAAGGAGCUACUGGACUUGGAAGAAAUUUAUCUUUCUUGUGUUUCUCCAUUGGGAUGCAUGUAAUAUUAUUUUCUAAUUAACUUUUAUAUAACCUAAACUCCCAGUUUUCUUUUGUAUCUUGUUUAAUUGAUAUAUUGUGCAAAUUGUAGAUUUUUAAAAAUCAUAUUGUGAUAAAAUUUUUAAAAAGCAUUUUUUCAAUAGUGUAUAACUUGUAUAUGUUGUAUGUUGUCAGUUAAUGUUUUAACUCCUGACAUUAGUAAUUAUUUUAAGUAUUCACUAAAGGGUUUUUAGUCUUAAGUGUUCGGGAAAAUCUAGGCAGUUUAGCAAGUACUGAUUGCUUUUGGUCUUAAAGACUUCUUGGCUGUCACUCAUACAUAUUGGAUGGCUCAUAACUUGCCAUACUAACAUACUAAUUCCGUGGAUUAGUGCGCCACUUGGACACAAGUCGGGGGCUGAUCACCCCCAGCUGGGUCGUCCGGGCGAGGGUGUCUGAUGACCCAAAACAUCCUAUGACCUAGGGUUCAUCACUGAAGACGUGUCCAAGUAGCACCAGGAGGUGUAUUCUACAACUAAAUACAUUAGAUUUUGUGCAGAGUGUGGGCAUCCAACAGAAACACCUAUUAUAGUUCAUUGUCUUAUCCAACAACUGUGGAAGAUUUAAAUUUGAAUUGGGAAACAAGUACUUUGUACAGAGAGUGACAUAAAGCUGCAAACUUGCUAUGUCUAUGAGGGAAAGAGCUGGACAGAGAUCAACUACUUCCUUGCAUUGAAACUAUAGGAAGCGGUGGCAGAAGGAAUUGUUCUGCCAGCAGCACCAGUUUCAGAGCAGUAUAAGGCUGGGUGAAGGACAGCCAGUUUGUUAUCUAUAGGUAAUGUAAUGCACAGGGCAAUUAGUUAUAGAGGGAAAAAAUCUGCAUCUUACUGAACAAAUGGGGGAAAUGAUUGCACUGUUGGAUUGUGUGUGUGCAUUGUGAUGUUUCUUUGUUGAAUAUUUUCAGUUCUUAAUCACAUCAUUCUCACUGGAUUUAAAAGAUAUAGUUCUAAAUAAUGAACUACAUUUAGCAGUGUUCCUAGAUAAAUUUUUUGGGUUUCUGCUUUGCUUAUGAAAUCCACUAGUUUGUACUAGCUUAAACUGACUCGUCUGGGGUCAGAUUGAAUAAUUGAGCCAGAGUCAGCAUUAGAGGAUUGGCUCCAUUUGUAGGUUGGCUUAAGUUAUAGCUCUUUCCCCAUUUUGCUUGAUGAUGAUUUCUAACAUUGUUUGAAUUCAUCUGCUUUAUGCUCGUAAGUUGCAUUCAGAUACAUAUGACCAGAUAGGAAUGCAAAAUGCAGCCAUGACCUAGCAGGUUUUAACUGAUCCUGCUCUUGUUCAUAAUCUUUGCUUUCUACGUGUAUAGAAUUGAAAUCAAAGCAUCAAGAAAAAUCUUUGCAAGUGGUCAGGUAGGAAGUCAGAAGAGAACAUCUAUUCUGUUAUUUAUUAGAAAUUUAGUAAUACAUCAUGUCAAUAUCUGCUCAAUAAACUUCUUCAAUCUGGAAUAAAGUAAAUCCAAUACAAAAGGCUCCAGGAGGUGUCUUUUUCCCCCUGACUUAUCUGAAUCUGCAAUGUUUAUACUUUGUUUUUUGUCUUUGCACAUUGUUGCAUUACCUGUGUAAUGUUGCCAGUGGCUAACAUAUCAAAGCAGAUUGACUUGAACUUAGCAACAACACAUACAAAUUGCUGGAGGAAGGGUCUUGGCCCAAAACAUCAACAAUACUCUUAUCCAUAAGAUGCUGCUUGGCCUGCUGAGUUCCUCCAUCAAUUUGUGUAUGUUGCUUGGAUUUCUAGCAUCUGCAGAUUUUCUUUUGUUUGUUGAUUUUGAAUUUACUGCAGUUGCAAAUCUGUUAAGAGCUUCAAUUUUGCAGGAGAAUGCAGAAUAGAUGGGCUUGGUAGAUGAUGAUAACAUUUUGGAGCUGCAGUGCAAAUCAUUUUGAAUCAAAUUUUUCUGAACAGC